UCAUCCCUUAUGUAUAAAAAUGGAAUCUAGUAAUUUUUUAAAUGUAAAAACGCACGUGUCUGAACUAAGAAAUGCCGAUAAGGACUCAGUAAGUGAGGCUUCAGAAAGUGGAACAAGUAAUUCCGUGACGUCAGCUGAAGACCUACAGAAUGUCGCUUUGAUAUUGGGACUGGCAAAUGCUGAGGAUGUUCAUCAAGAAAGAUUUCGGGUCGACAGACGGCGUUUGGAGGGUAUGCUUGCUGAUAAUCUGGAUGUGUCUCAAACGGCGCAGGCGUUCUUUCAAAAGGUUAUGGAUGAGACCCGCACGGUGAUCAACUGGCCUGCUCGCCUGAAAAUUGGAGCUAGAUCAAAAAAAGACCCGCACGUGAGAAUAUCUGGUCUCUCUGAAGAUGUGAAGCUGGCAAGAGAGAAAAUAAUGCAGUUACUAGACACUAGAAGUAACCGUGUUACAAUGAAAAUCGAUGUCAGCUAUACAGACCAUUCGCAUAUCAUCGGAAAGGGCGGCCUCACAAUAAAGCGUGUAAUGGAGGAGACAGGGUGCCACAUCCAUUUUCCGGAUUCGAACAGGACCAGCGCAGUAGAGAAGAGCAACCAGGUAUCCAUCGCUGGUGACAUGGAGAGGGUUGAGCGAGCACGCGCCAGGGUUCGAGCUCUAACACCACUGAUCUUCACAUUUGAGCUGCCAGUUGUAGCGGCCUCGAACCCACUUCCAGAAAUCACCUCGCCCUACGUCCAGCAGAUACAGGACAAAUUUAACGUUCAAGUGAUGAUUCGCAACCGUCCCAAAUUACACGCGAAUCUCGUCGUGGUUAAGGGUGUCCAAUGGGAAGUGCAGGCCACCAUGGAGGCAACCACUCUGCUGCUCAAUUACAUGUGUGGACAACAUGCUAAACAAACCCACGUCCAAAUGACGUUAGAGAUAUCACCAAUGCACCAUCCGGUGGUGGUGGGCCGUUCGUCUGAACAGUUGAAAGUGAUCAUGCGUACAACAGGCGCUCAAAUAAUGUUCCCUGACGCUGAAGAUCCGAAUAUACCCGCAUUGCGCAAGAGUUGUGUCACCAUCACAGGGGCUAUACAAAACGUGUACGCCGCUAGGCAGCAGUUGGUGGGAAGCCUCCCCCUGGUGGUGAUAUUCGAUGUCCCAGACGAUAUGUCGCAACGAUUCGAAAACGACAACGUCACGGAGCUGAUGAAUAAGUUUAACGUCUACAUCAGUGUGCGCAGGAAGCUCAAGCAAGGGAUUGCUUCUAUCGUCAUCAAGGGCAUCGAGAGAUGUGCUGGCGACAUCUACGAAGCUCGUCGCGAGCUACUCGGCAAGCGCGAGGCGUCUCUGAACGCCGAGAUACCGGAGAGCUACAACAUCCCGAGUCUGACGAACGUGAUGCCCAACUUUCCGCCCUUCAAUCCGUUCUCGCCGUCGCACUCCAGCGUCGCCACCAAUUCUCCUUGUUCACCGUUUUUGAGGGAUCUGUCAUCUUACGGCAGUCCGAUGUACGGGCAGCACCCACCUACGCCCGGCGGGUUUCCGGCACCCAUGUCUCCAGCCAUCCCGGUGUACGGCAACUGGCUCAUCCCGUCCCCGCAGCCUAGCACCAGCCAGUUCCAUUACCCAAUGCCGAGCCCCUCUGCGCCUUAUCAGGGACCUUGGAACUCGAUAUCCGGCAACGGCGAGAGCAACGUUUCCAGUACCAGCAUGAUGCAGCAGUAUCCUGGCAGCUCCCACCCACCCAACUGUGAGAGCAGACCGAUAUCUCUAACUCAGCUGCUGAACAGCAGCUCCGCCUGCAGCAGCGGAUACCAGAGCAACUUUACCGGCAGCUCCGUCUCCAUAGAUGCGCAGAAUAUCUCCGCCGGGGCUGAGAACAGCGUGGUGUCUCCUUCCGUGUCUCCCAUCAGCAAAUCUGCGGUCAGUCCAGCCCAGUCAUCAGAAAACGAUCGCUCACAGCAACAAGAACUAGCGAACCUCAUACUGGAGCUAAAGAACAGCGACCGUCGUGCUCCAGGAUGCGAGAAGAAGACUUUGGAGACCAUAAAACAGCUCUCACCGCUCUCUGAGUACCGGAAACUCCAGCAGGAGGCUAAUAAGGCAAUGCGCGAAAAUGUAGGCAGCGGGUAUCGCGUACCCACAACGAGAUGGUCCGGGCAUUAUUUCAGCAACACCAUGCCCGCUUCGAACGGAGCUGAACCAGAGAGCUCUCAUAGCACUCCUGACAAACAGCACAACAUUUUGGAUCUAUCGCGACUGAACAUAGUUGAUAAUUGUGCGACCCCACCGAAGACCAAGCCGUGCCGAUACCAACAGCUCUACGACAUGCUGCAAGACAUUGGCCUGCAGAAGUAUAUCGAUUUGUUUAAAACCCACGAGUUGGAUAUGUCCACAUUUGCUUCACUGAACGACGCUGAUUUGAUUGAGAUCGGAGUGACUGCCUUCGGCGCUCGCAGGAAGAUGCUGCUAACAAUUGCAAAGCUGCAAAAACAAGCGAGUACAUCUGGAAGCGUAACUCCCAAUCGCAACUUAAUAAAUUCACCUCCUCAGUACAAUACAAACGCUAUUUCUAAAAACAAUUGGUAAAAUCGGAUCCAAAACGCUUAUGAGACUUGAGCUGGUUUCAUAUUUACAUUGAUUCUGUGACCUUUAAAUACAUAGACUGCCUAAAAUAAAGCAAGACUAAAGUGUCCCAUAAGCGUUUAUUUAUAAGUAUUUCUCUAUCGUCCAGAAGCCGUAUCGGAGACCUUUCAACUAUCCGAUACCACUGCUGAACGAAUAGCGAUUCGUCGAUCUCAUUCCCGAUUCCAUUUGAAUGUAUGAAUGGAAUUUAAAUUUGAAAAUGGAAUCGGGCCUCAAUGCUCAAGACUGAUGAAAUGGAGUAUUUGACAGUUUAAUCUAUGGCCGUGUAACUGUCAUGAUUGUAGUCUAUGAUUGUUGUUAUUUUAUAGAAUUUUUAAUCGUAGCUCUAAGAGCGCAUUAGACGUGUAUUAGUCUCGAAUAGACAAUAAUUGUUGAAGUAAAUACGGGCCUUGGGCCAUAGAGUUAAGUGUAGUUUAAGUUUUUAAUAGCAUGUUUUAUCUUUUGAUUAUGAUUUUUUCUUUAGUUCAUCUGCGACAAUUGUAAUCACGUUUUUAAACUUUGAUUAUACACCAACGUCGAAUUACAGCCAAUCAGCUCUUUUGAUUACAUAUUGAAUUCAAAUAUGUUUCAUCUAAAGGACAUAAACGUUAUUUUUAAAAGGAAAUAUUUCGAGACUUUUUGGCUAUAUUCUCAUAAUCGAUUUUACGAUAUACUCGCUUUUAAAAAUAACAAAUUGAUGGCGAAUCAAUGACAUUUGGUAAUCAUACGUCACCUUUGGAUUAAAUCACAUGACCACCGAGAAUUCCGGCAUUUUUUGUCUUUGAGCCGUAUUUUAAUCAGAUAACAUAUUUUUUUAGUUGUAAGUGCAUUUUUGAUUUUAACAACAUUUAACAUACUAAUCUAAUCAAAGUAUUGUAGUAAUGUUUUGGCGCAUAAUAUUUGCGUUCAUUUAAUUAUUUCUUUUAACACCACGAUAUUAUGCGACAUUCCAUUUACUUUUUUAUAUUUUUAAGUUCACAUUUUAAUCAUGAGCUUUUCCUCCAUUUUAACAACUGAUUAUGCAAUGGUUUAAAUGAUUAUGGUAUCAACGAAAUUUUGAAUUAUUUCUUCGCUGGUUGAUUGGAAAUGAUUUGAAAUGGCAGUUGCUUUUUAAGUUUUUCUUGUUUUUUUUGAAGUUUUGCUUGAAUAAAUUAUCCAUUAAAUUUUGAG